AUGGCGUCUCUACUGCGAGGCGCAGGUUUCAUCACCGGCGCUGCGUCCGGGAUAGGAAAGGCUACGGCGUACUCAUUCGCCAAACAUGGUGCUACCCAGCUAGCCUUAGCGGAUAUCAACCUCCCAGCAGCAGAGAAAGCUUCCAAAGAGCUCGAGUCCAAGUUUCCAGGCAUAAAGGUCAUUCCCCUGGGAAUCGACGUGACUCAAGAAUCAUCAAUCAAUGAAGCGGUGGCUGAAACGGUUCGGCGGUUUGGCCGGAUCGAUUUUGCUGUGAACAACGCUGGCAUUGGAGGGCCGCCGACCCUGUCUGCAGAGCACAGCGUCGAGGAAUGGAACAAGACAAUCAAUAUCAAUCUGCACGGCGUGUGGAUGAGCAGCCGGGCUGAGAUCAGGACGAUGCUGCAGCAGGAAAAGAGGGAGGACUCUCUCCGGUAUAACCGCGGUGUUAUCAUCAAUGUAGCCUCAAUGUACGGGCUUGUGGCAACAUCGCUGAACACUCCAGUAGUGGCAUACACAGCAUCCAAGCAUGGAGUGGUUGGUCUCACGCGUGCAGAUGCCAUUGCCUAUGCCUCCAAGGGCAUCAGAAUCAACGCCGUCUGCCCUGGAUACGUGGCAACGCCGUUGAUCCAGGGAACAAUGCAGUCUGCAGUGAUACAGAGGGAAAUCGACAAGAUCCCCGUGGGCAGAAUGGCAGAGAUGGAGGAAAUCGCAGACCACAUCACGUUCCUGGCGUCGCCGUUGAGCAGCUACAUGUACGGUGCCUCAAUGGUAGCUGAUGGGGGCUUCACGAUUCAGUAA